AGUGCGCUAACAAGCUAGUUAGCAGUGAGCGAUGUGAUGAACGCUGUCGGCGGUGCAGUAGCAACAAGAAAGUAUGGACUAGCUAACCGAGAGUUAUCCCGGUGUCUUGACAAUCAUUAUCAAGCUGUGGACCAUUUCAGGUGGUCGUAAUUAGCUGCUUCAUUCAUGCGGUCGCUGGUGCACAGGGGGGUUUGAGCUCCAAGUGGCGGGCAGGCUCAGUCAUCAGCAGCUCGCUGGGACAACUGGGACAACACGGCUCACUCACCGAGUAGGAGCAUGGUGGUCCCGGACAGUGCCAGCGUGGUCCCCCAGCCUGACAAUGGCAGUCCCACUGGCCUCACGGAGAGCCCCAAGUCCGGGUGCGAGGAGGAAGAGGAGGGGGGUCAAGACCUGGCAGGGGUGGAGCUGGAGGAGGUCCGAAAGCUGCAGGAGCUUGUUCGUAGGCUGGAGGUCCAGAAUGAGACCCUGCGCAACAGGGGGAGCAAGACUAUCAUCCACAGAGGUGCCAGCAGCAACAGUAACCUCACAGCCGCUGCUAAUAUCAAUGAGAGGCUGACUUGUGAAGGGGUGACCAAUUCCCGUCUCAGGUUGGAGCACGGUGGUGAGCUGGGUAGCACAGACUUUGAACUGUCACCCCCACAGGACAGCAGCAGCAGCGAAGAGAUGUCCCCUCUACCUGUAACCAACAGGCUGGAGGAAGAAGAUGAAGAGGAAGAGGAGGAUCGGGGUCCAUGUGGGGGCUUUCUCACCUUGACCUGCAGCAAUGGAGUGGGAGAGACCCAGGGGCAAAUCGAGACACCAGAGAGCCCCUCUCAGGAAAGUUAUGAGUCAGAAACACUUGCAGAGAGCGACUCAGGGGUGGACCAAACUGCACUGGAUGAGGUGGAUGUCCUAGAUUUGGAGGAUGAGUGUGCAGAAGUAGAGGACGAGGACAGCUGGUUGUAUGUGUCACCUAAAAAGCAAGUAGCAGAUCCAGGCCCAGAGUCUCCGUUGAAAUGGUGUCGGCAGGUUCUUGACCACCGCAGCCCAGAGACAGAAAUGGCUUGUCGGACCUUGAUCAGCCGUUUGGACCAGACAUCUCGAUGGAGGAACAUGUACAGCAGUCCAUCAGCAGAGGCAGGCUCGGCAGGCUCAGGCCUGAUCUCUCCUGGGUACCACAAAUCAACUAACAAAUCCCUACUAACUUGUGGCAGCUCAGGUGUCACAAGCAUGAACUCAGCCCUGAGCUCUCAGUCCUCUAUAGACAGUGAGGUCAGCACAUCAGAUGACUCCAUCUCUAUGGGCUACAAGCUGCAGGAUCUCACUGAUGUCCAGAUCAUGGCUCGCCUACAGGAAGAGAGUCUAAGGCAGGAUUAUGCUUCCAGCUCAGCAUCUGCAUCACGUCGCAGCUCCACAGCAUCUCUGCAGUCUCUGCGCCGGGGUGGCACCUACAGCGACCAGGAAUUUGACAGUUACAGCCUGGAAGAUGAAGAGGACGAGUUCUGCUCCAUGCCCCAGCGACGACAUCGCUUCACCCCCUCGCCCUUAGGCUCACCUCGGUGCCUGUCUCCCUCUAUCUCCAACCACGGUCAGGAAUACAGCAGCCGACUCGGGGCCCCGCGCACAAGAACACCCAGACGAUCUCUCCAGGGCCCUAGUGCCGAGCUGCUUAAAUUUGCCAAGAGUGAAGAGGAGUUGAGGCACAGCAUGCCUAAUCUGGCCCCACGCACCAGCCUACGUUCACUGGAGGCAGUCAGAAACAGCCGCAGCAUGGAGGCUAACCUCCAGAGCUCUGGCAACCGCAUGUCCCACCUGACUCACUCCCCCUCCACAGGUAUGGCUUGUAGUCGGCUGCGUAGCAACGGCCAGUCUCCACUCUCCCUGCGGACUCCUGUUAAAGCUGUCACUCCAGUGGGCUCCAUGGCAGCUGGUCGUCAGCCUUCAAGAGGGCUGCCUGUCAUCCAAGGACCACCUGCAGGAGGGGGGCGCAGGGUCCAGUCCCCAGGCUCUGCCAAUGGUGGAGCCUACAUACCUGGAAGAGCCUCAGCUGGGGCAGGGAGGCCUGCUGUGGGCCGAGGACAGGCUGUGUCAUCAGCUUCCACCAGGAGUAAACUUUCACAGCCCCCCAGGAGGUCUUUGGGCAUGACUAAAAUCUCAGAUGAAUCCUGGAAAGAUGGCUGUUACUGAGUCUUGCCGGUGAUGAAGGAUGUUCACUGCUGCAACCCUCACCUGACCUCUCCCCAUUACCUCUCAGAGUACAAAAAACACAGCCACUGUGUCCACAAAUGUGUCGUACAACCUCCCCCAUUUAAGACUGGAGCGCUGGGUUGCACUGGAUUUGUAGUUAAGACUCAUCUCUCUCUCUAGCAUGACACAUUGUCAACACACACAGAGACGAUGUGUAGGCAGACAAAGAAGGCACACAUGCACACUCCACUUGUUAUAUGGACCAACUCCGAGCUUCCAGAAGAUUUGUUUGUGUCAAUUUUACUUAUUUUUCUAUGGUAAUCGUGAGAAACUGCUGGAAUAUAAAGGGUUGUAAUUACUGUUCUGUUGAUGUAAUUGAUAUGAAGACCAUUUAAAUGAAGAUAUUGCUGGUUUGUUAAUUUUCUGUGUGAAUUCCUACUAGAUGAAGGUGCUGAGUGUUGCAUGCUCGGUUUUGUUUUUCCUUAUUCCUUCAGCCUUUGCAUCAUUAUGUAACUGCAAUAUGACAGAUCUUCCAUGUGUCCCAUAAUGAUCUGUGUGAAUUUUUGAAUGUUUGAGUGGUUCAUAGUGAAAUUAUCUUAGGUUUGUGUUGUAUUUGUGUUUUGCUCUCUGCUUACACAGCAAUGCAACUCCUGUAAACCACACUGCCCUUAUGAAUAAUAUAAAAAAAGGAAAAAUAUGGUUUGUGCCAAGGUGCAUUUCAGCUGCAACACUUUCUAAUUCCAGAAGUAAUCUGAAGUCAUUAAGGGUACUGUUAACGUACUGCAUUUUCCAGGCAUUUUUACUGCAUAUCUAGAGGUGUACUAUAGUGUCUGCUUUUGGAUACCACUGUAAUAAAGAAAAUGUUUAUGCACGAAGGCCGUGUGCCUUAGACAGCUAUGCACCCUCAUGCAGAGUGCCUCUGAAAAUUAGGAGCUGUAAUUAAAAAGAAUAAUAAAGUCUACCCUGAACUGAA